AUGCCUGCUUCACUGUUCACCCAUCCAGCCCUCUCUCCUGAGAAUCUCCAGACCAUUGGGGAAGAACUCAAUUUACCACCACCGCCAACAUUUGAAAAUCACCAACAACAACCCAAUGCUGAACUUGCUAGUCUCGAAGAAUCAGAGUUGGAUCCCGCGUCCUCAUCUGCAGCUUCCGCAUGCACUUUGACUGCUGUUUCACACUCCAUACUUCGGGACUCUCCCCGGAAGCCUGACCCACUGAAAUUGAACAAUCAGAUCGCGACUCGCAGUAACGACCAAAAGAAGGCUGGUGAUGCCCCCUCUGCUUCUUUCGCCUCUCAGCGGGAAUUAAACCCUCCGCUUCCCGACUCCCCGGCCCCCCUCGUCAGCCCGGCAAAAUCCUUCUUGCAGCAUCAUAAAAACUCGCGAUCAAUUGACUCGAUACCGUUCCAGACAAUCAUGAAAGCCCUCGCCUCAAAGGGAAACAGUUCUUCCGGUGCCCCACUCCCCCUUGCAGCAUCUCUAGCUAGCCUUCUUUCACAAUCCCGCAAUGACGGAGCCAACAAUUCUUCCCGCAGACUCUCUGGGACCUUUCCCGGCCCGAGCGCAUACCAUGAAAGAACCCCCUCCACUGCUCGUUUUCCGCUAAAAUCUCCUUGCUUCUAUCAUCAGCGAUUUGACGAUGCGGUCAACAUUGAAAAGGUUCUUGAGGAAAUAGCUGCGGACGAGUGGAUAUCACAUUCACGGUUGAUGCAAACGGCCACCGGCGUUCGGGAAGUUUCGAAGCAAUUGCAGCGGCGCCCUAUCAAAUUGGCGGUCAAAAAUGUAAUGAUUGUCACGAAAGCGCGCGAUAAUCGUCUGGUACACCUUACACGGGAUUUGGCGGAAUGGUUACUGAGCACACCACGAUAUGGCAGUGAUUUGGGGGUGAAUGUUUAUGUCGAUCACAAAUUGCAAUGGUCGAAACGUUUCGACGCUCCAGGGCUUUUAGCGAAAGAGCCGCGGUUUGAACAUAUGCUGAAGUACUGGACUCCAGACCUUUGCUGGUCAUCACCAGAAACUUUCGACUUGGUCCUAACUUUAGGGGGAGACGGAACUGUCUUGUAUACGUCUUGGCUAUUUCAACGCGUUGUACCUCCCGUCCUGUCGUUUUCAUUAGGGAGCCUCGGAUUUUUGACAAAUUUCGAGUUCGACAAAUACAAGGAGCACCUAAAUCAAAUAAUGGGUGACGUAGGUAUGCGCGUGAACCUACGUAUGAGAUUCACUUGCACUGUCUACCGUAUGGAUCAGAGACAUGGGCAUCUGCCAGGAGCAGUUGUAGAGGGAGAGCAGUUCGAAGUGGUAAACGAGCUGGUUAUUGACCGCGGACCUUCACCUUAUGUCUCAAAUCUCGAACUAUAUGGUGAUAACGAGUUGUUGACAGUGGUUCAGGCGGACGGUUGUAUAUUCUCUACUCCUACAGGAUCAACUGCAUACUCUCUCUCGGCUGGUGGAUCUCUUGUCCAUCCUUCCAUUCCUGGAAUUCUUCUUACACCCAUAUGCCCACACACCCUCUCCUUUCGUCCCAUGGUACUAUCAGAUGCUAUGCUCUUGCGAAUUGCCGUUCCCACAGCUUCCCGAUCCACUGCCUACUGUUCCUUCGAUGGUAAAGGCCGUAUCGAGCUCUGUCAAGGAGACUACGUCACCGUCGAAGCGAGUCAGUACCCGUUCCCCACUGUGGUUGCGGGUGCAGGAGAAUGGUUCGAAAGCGUCCGACGUGCGCUGCGCUGGAAUGUUCGCGGGGCAGUCCAAAAAGGCUGGAACUGUGAUACUGAAGGGCAAUCAACUGCUCCUAGCGUUGAAGAUGAAGAAGAGGAGCAUUGGGAUAUCGACCCAGACACAACUACGCCGCUUGGGACGGGGACCGAUAGCGGGUUGGGUCCAAGUGAGGAUGGUGAAAGCCCUGGCCCUGACUCAAUGAGUCCGCUUCGAAAACAGAUGGGCUUGUUUAGUUUGUAG